AUGAUUUCAAUGGUUUCAGUGCCACGCCUUGGCUCAGGAUUUGGCUUGAACUGUGGGAUCAACCCGACCCAAGCUGCUAUGCAUGGAUUGCAACUACCAAUGUCCAGUCAUCCAGGUUCAAGGCGAAAACGUCGCGUACUCUUCUCACAGAAUCAAGUCUAUGAGCUGGAGCGACGAUUUCGAUCGUCCAAAUAUUUGACAGCACCCGAACGAGAAGCACUCGCCAAUUCUAUUGGUCUAACAGCCACUCAGGUGAAAAUUUGGUUUCAAAAUCAUCGAUACAAAUGCAAACGACAAGAAAAAGAGCGUAAAAUGACGGACGGAAGGACUGUUCGGGAAGACAGUCAUUCCCCGAUUGAAUCACGUUCACCAUCACCCACCGACAACUGCAAUCCGGUGGAGAAAAAAAUGAACGUGUCUGUGCUGGUAAAGGAUGGGAAGAGAUGCGAAAAUUCGAUUGGCUCACCGGAUUCGAAUUCGGAGCAACUUUUGAACCUGAGCGGUUUGCCGGAUGGCCUUCCUGAUAUCAAAAAUCAUCAGUUCUAUCAACAGGCGAUGUGUCAACAGAACUCAAUGUACCAACAAGGUGGUUUCCCGUUUGCACCGUUCGGCGCACAGCCCUAUCCAACAGCUCAGAAUCCCUACUACUCCUACUACGGGAAGUAA